CAGCAGCAAAGAUACGUUAGGAGCCUCUGCCCCCUCCAUCUUUGAGUGGUCAAUCUCUACCCACCAAUCCAGGAGUCUCCCUCCUCCUCUUGAAUCCAUGGAGAUCCCAGCAUACGCCUCCCCUUCAUGGAGCCACCUCUUCGCCUCUCCUCUCCUUUCCCCAUAUGACUUCAUCCCAGAAAACUAUGUCCAUUGGGCGCAGACCCAGGAGUGCCACAUCUUCUCUGCUGAUCUUCCAGGUGUGAGAAAAGAGGAGAUAAGAGCGGAAGUCGAGGACUCCAGGUACAUGAUCAUAAGAACGGAGGCUGCGGAGGAGUCGAGGGAGCCUGCCAGGAGUUUCAUGAGGAAGUUCAGGCUCCCUAACCUGGUGGAUGUGAACGGGAUUUCUGCUGGGUAUGAGGAUGGGGUCUUGACUGUCAAAGUGCCAAGGUCUCUCGCCAGGAGGGGUUUCCUUAUUGACCCUGCUGAUGUGCCCGAGAGACUUGAGGUUCUUGCUAGGGCAGCUUGAAAUUUAUCAAAAGAAAAGGUUGUUUCUAGUGAUUGAUGUUGUAUUAGGCUUCUCUAGGCGAUGGGUUUGAUUCUUGGACAUUUCUUGGAUUGUUGGGUUGUACAAAUUUUGAUUGGCAUGAAAUGGAGGACUUCCAACUCUGUUCUUCUUAA